CAUGCGGACUUCCGGGGUGAUCGCGUUUCCAUGACGAUGUAAAAUGGAUCAUUUUAAAAAGACUCUGAAGACGGACUGUGAGGAUUUACUCGGACGGUUUCAGGCCACGUCGUCUGUGCGCUUCGAGGAGUUUUCAGCCAUCUGGAGGAGAAUGAAAUUCUCCAGUAUAUUUUAUGGUAUCUUGGAGCCGAGUGAGAAGAAGGUCUUCACGCGGUUGACUCUGUCUACAGUGGCUCCGUAUCUGCUCCCUCCGUAUUCCUUCCAGAUCCGUGUCGGGAGUCUUUACCUGCUCUAUAGUCUCUACAGCACUCAGUGCAACACUCCUAAAGAGCGGAUCCGUGUGGCUCUAAAGGACUGGGAAGAUCUGGUACGCUUCCAACAGGACGCUGCGAACGCGCAGCACUAUGACGUGGUGUACAUCCUCAGGAAGCUGUUGUGUGACAAAGCCUUCUGCUUCACCGCCAUGCCUGACACACUGUCCUAUCAGGUGAAGAAGAAGAUGGUGGACAGGAGAAAGCAGCUGUGCGAGUCGUUCGUGGAUCGGCCGUCCCGACCUCAGGAGCUCAUCGGCACCGACGAGCUCGAGGAGCUGGCGAACAUCCACGAGCACUACGAAGGGCUCAAGAAGGCCGUCCUGUCGCAGCCCCCUCAGUCCGAGCUGAGUCUGAUCAAACAGAACCUGGCGCCCAAACUUCGCAGUGCCGUUCUCACGUACUACAGCUGGCAGCAGAACCAGGCUGAAUUUGAAAGUCAGAGUGACCGAGAUGCAGGAGAGGGAACAUCAAGUCAGGAUGAGAGUUCUCGCAGAGCUCAGCUCCUGGCCUCCAUCAAAUCCAGGUCUUACGGGCAGGCUGUGGAGGCUCUGAGGUCCCGGCGUCACAGACAGGUCGAGCUGACGUCAGCGGAUCAGCACACCGAGUCCACGGAGCAAGUCGCCCGGUUUAAAAGGCCACCGUCUCUUAAAGCUCGCACCACCUUACGCUUCAUGACCCAGGGAAGUCAGAAAGCAGAGCUGCAGAGCGCAACCAAGUUAUGGCGCCUCACUGCGGUGGAGGGAGAGAAGACUGAAGAAAAAAGGAAAAGAAGAUUCAUCUGGGAAGACCGCAGGCGUACCAAACGCUAAACACCAAAGCCCGAUUCAACGGCUCAUGGGUCGUGUCUCAUUUUACAGACGUAUCAUGAGACAGGUCGGAUUAGACACACUGAUAUUGGGACAUAUCUAAUUUGAGGAGUUGUGUUUAAUUGGACGAGCUAGAGACUGGACAUAUAGGAUUGGCCAAGCUUGUGCCGAGCUUGUUUAAUUGGACAAGCUUGUGACAGGUUUUUUGAUUGACUCAGACCAAGUGGUAUUUGAUCAGACUGGCUUUUAACGUUCUAUGUCUGAUAUAAUCACAUUGAGAAAGCUCCUGUCUCACUGGACUGACUUAUAACAGGUUGUGUGUGAUUGGACAUGCUUGUCACAGAGCUCUCCUGUUUGGACAGGGUUGUAACAAGUCAGGUCUGAUUGGACGGGAUUGAGACUGAACAGACUUGUAGCAGGGGACAUCUGAUUGUAUUAGCUUGUGACAACUUGCAUCUGAUUAGACAACAGACUUGUAAUAGGUCGAGUUUGUUUGAAUGGGAUUGUAACAAGAAUUAUAUUUUAGACUGAUUCGGGACAAAUUAUCGCUAAUUUUCUGGUCUUCUGACAAGUUGUCUGGGUUUAGCGAUUCUCUUGGCAAUAGGUGUGUUCGAUCAGACUUUUAAGUCUUACAUUUGAUUGAAUGGCAUUGUCUCUUCUGAUUGGAGGUCUGAAUAUCAUAGAUAUGUUUAAUGAGGACAGGUUUUGUUAUAGAUUUUAUUUAGAUAUGACACCCAAAGUGGAUCAUACCUCAAAAAAUAUGGAAAAUAUAGUUGCUUGUUUUUCUUUUCUUUUUUAUGUUUAUACGUGUUAAACAAAUAAUAGCCACAUCUUAACUACAUUAACCAUCUGAUUCUGUAAAUAAUUUUAAACCAAGACAGGACUUCUUAAGCUUCUUUUAUUACACAAAGAAAUGGGCUUUUAUUUUAAGUGUAUCAAUUUUACCUCAUUCACAUAUUACCCCCAAUUCUUACAGCGUUCAAUCUAAUAAUAAAAGCAUGUACAUACAGUGCAUCUCAUCAUUAAAACAUUGUGAAAAUGAUUAAUUUCUUUUGUAAUUUAAGUUAAAAUGUGAAACUGUCAUAUAUUCUAGAUUACAUGUAAGGUCAAAUAUUAUAAGCUGUUUUCAUUUCAAUUUAUUGAGCUCAUAAAAAUCAAUAAUCCAGUAUCUCAAAAUAUACAAAUAUUUUCUAAAAUUUCACUUUACAUCCAAAGAAUCUUGAAUGAGUUUCACUUUUUCACAAAGGAAAUGUAACUCCUAAUUUUAUCGCGAUGCCCUGUAAAUAUCAAGAUUACUGACUAAUGUUCAAAAGAUUUAUAAGUUAAUGCUUUUAUACAAUUAUGUUUCUAUACACAUGUUCAUGUCAAAAUGUUUCUGUAACAUAUCGUUUUUGUUGCUCCUUGACAUCGUUUGCAUAA